AUGACUGCAGCUAUCACGUCCGACGCUGACACACGUCGGGCACUGAACGCCGCUAUCAAAGGAACUCCCGUUACUGCAGAGGACAUCAAGUAUGCCUCAGCUAAUGACCCCAAUGUUCAAUCCGCUAUAUCAUGGACUAUACAUGGCUGGCCACCCACAGUGACCUCCGACGAGCUGAAACAGUUGUAUAUGCGACGUGCAUCCCUAUCUGUGGUUGACUCAUGCCUCAUGUUCGCCAAUCGUGUUGUCAUUCCAUCGUCAUUACGUUCACGAGUACUCCGCUAA